AGUACAGAGUCCUCGACACACGGAGCAAGAAGUUGAGAAGACCGUUUCGGUGCGCCGAUGGAGAGUGCUCGCCACUCCACUCCACCGUCUCUCCUCGGUUCGCCUGCAUAUCGUCUUCGCCUUCAGCAACCAGUGGCUGAUUGGUCCCAACUUCCAUACGAUCUUACAGCGUCAAUUGCAAAUCAUUUGGACACAGUUGAGGAUUUUAUUGCAUUUUCUGCGGUAUGCAAAUCUUGGCGGUUAGUUUAUUUAGAAAAGAACUGGAUUCCAAUGAAAAGAAUUCCAUGGCUCAUGCUUGGUGAGAGCCACCAUAACAAUGCACCAAUGAGGCAGUGUUUCAGUAUGACAAGGUCUAAGGUUUACAACCUCCCAAAACUUAAAGCUUCUGAUUGCCGGUAUUGGGGAUCUUGUCAUGGUUGGGUGGUAACUGUCAGUAAAGGUGAAAUGUACCUUUUGAAUCCAAUUAAUCAAAAUCACAUCAAACUGCCAUCAGAAUCUGCCCUUCAUGCCAAUGGUUCAUUUUUUGAUAUUAUACACAGAGCUUAUGUCUUCAAGGUUGUGCAAUGCCUUGUGGUUGUCGCAAUAUACGGACCUAAAUACAGCCUGGCAUUUGUUAGAGUUGGAGAUAGUGAAUGGUCAACUGUGCAAUCUUCAAGCCCUGCCCAGUUUUGCAAUGUUGUGUGCUUUGAGGAUCGAAUUUUGGCAUUGUCAAUGGUUGGAAACAUUUAUCUUCUUGAUAUUAAUGGGCCUGGUCUUCCAUCAAUCCAGAGCAUUGCUUCUCGCCCGUCUGAAGAGAACUGGCAGCAACUAUAUUUGGUGGAAUCAUCAGGGAGUCUUUUGAUGGUAGUUUAUUAUGAAAGUGAACAGAGAAGCACCCCCCUAGUGAAGUUUAAAGUGUUCAGAUUUGAUUUCAGUCAUAGAAAGUGGGUAAGUCUGGAGGAUCUGGGUGACUUUGCGCUCGUUGUGGAUGAUCACCAUUGUACUUCAGUUCCUGGAGAUGACUUUCUCCAACCCAAUUGCAUCUACUAUGCAAAGGACAACUUGGAUAACUUCUUGGCAUGCCAACGUAAGUACAUAGGAAAUUAUAUGUUCGUUUAUAAUCUGAAAGACAAGAAUACUGAUUUGCAUAAUGUGGGCAAUAAUUCCCUAUAUUCUUGCCCAACUUGGUUCAUUCCGGAUUUGUGGUAAGCAUCAGUUGUUGAAAUUCAUGUUUUUGGAGUAAACAACGUAGCUGAAGAGCAUUGUUAUCAUUGUAUACAUUAAAGCUUGAAUAAGGGCACAUCUUUUUGUCUAA